UACAAUCGCUUCCUCCAGCUGAUGGGGCGCCUGCUGUCCAUGCCCUACGCCCAUACAGAGGAGGCGUUUGUCAUGGGUUACCGACGGGAACUGGAAGCCCAGACCACGAAGCAAAUGGUGCCGACGCUGGAGCGAGAUGACAGGGGCGUGGCCUUUAGCACUGCAGAAGGUCGAAGGAAGUCGGCGAAGUCCUCUGUGGUUCUCCGAGACUGCGGCUCUGGACGCGUCACCGUCAACAACAGGGACUACCUGUACUACUUCCCCAUACUACAAGACAGGUAAGAGAGCUGCGUGAACGAAAAAAAAACGUUUUUUCCACAUGGCAGGCUGCUUCAUUCACAGAUACCACUUUCCUUAAAAUGCAAGACGUGAUGUGUUUUACCCCCCUCAC